AAGAAGAGUCUUAUCGUAUACUAAGACAGGUACUCGGAAGCAUCAUUGUACUCUUCGCACCGCUUUCUGCAGACUCCCUGAGCAGACUACUGUAUGUUCCCCUAAUGAACAUUAAUCAGACGGUAGAGGAUCUACACUUUAUCCUGAUCGUUCCGAAGGACAAAGCUCGACCCCUUCGUCUCUACCAUCCUUCAUUUCGGGACUUCCACUUGGACAACAAUAGGUGCCUUGAACCAAGUCUCUGGGUAGAAAAGAAGCAAGCGCAUUAGAUGCUAGCCGAAGAUUGUAUACGGCUAAUGU